AUGAUUCAAUUGAAAACUGAUACUGAAUGUCCUGAAACCACAAGCUUUUAUACCUUAAAAUCGCUUGAAAAUUUUCUUGAUUGCCUUCUUGGAACUUUUACGAAGCAAAUUCAAUCAUCAAUUGCACGAUUUAUAGCGAAGUCUCAGGGUCAGUCAGAUUCAUUUAAGGAGAUAAAUUUUGAGAUGUAA